AUGCGCUGCUUAAUUGAGCCAAACCUGGCCAUCAAGUGGGGACCAGAUUCUACAUUCCAGCAGUAUCCACUAACGGAUGAGCCGGGUAGUCAACAUGACCAUGUACUACUUGAUAAAACGGCACUAAGCGCUUCCGUUCGGGAAAAAGAGCUUGUUGUUACAGUCUAUGGCUCUAGGAUCUCCAUAGCAGAGAUUGGAGAGAUACAUGGAUGGCUCGGUGCGUCGCUUCAGGAAUUGCCGUCGACUUCCGCUAGUGCUUCUUCAUCGGCAACUACAACCUCCGCUCCUACGAGUACAUCCCCAGUGAGCUCUACGAGUGCUGGAAACCCGACCGCUACGUCCGAGGGAGGCGGAAGCUCAGGUAAUGCGGUGGCGCUGGGAACUGGUCUGGGAGUUGGUCUCGGUGUCCCUCUUCUGUUGGUCCCUCUUCGGUUCCCCGUUGCUGUGAACUCGGACAAGGAAACGAGCGCAGGCGCAGGCUAUGGCCCAGAAUCCAUUGGCUUCCCCUGGUAA